UCUACAUCUCCGUGCAAUGUAUUAGAGGAUUGUCCACAAACUUUAACAAUAAUGAAUUGUGAUAACUUUGUAUCUACUGAUUACUCUAGUAGGAAUUUAACCACCGAUAAUGAAGAUUGUGAUGGGAAUUUACCUAUACCAACAGUGGUCAAAGAUGAGACUUCUCAAGCAAGCUGGCUUCCCAAAUGCCACAGAAAAUCAAAUUUAAAAAAGAAAAAAUGCCAAAAAUCCAGCAAGAAGAAGACGUGCUUCAAUCUAGAAAACGUAACAAUAGAAAAUAUAUUUAACAAAAAUAUAGAGAUCAUCAAACCCGAAGACGUGCAAGUAUUAGUCGAAAAAGAAAACGAAGACAUCGAAUUAUUCUCAGGGAUAGCCAGAAGUUACAUACCUUUUAAUCCAGGAAAUUUUUCACCGAAGAAAAAAUUACACAAAAUCAGCAUGAACAGUGAAGCUAUGGCUUUGCUCUAUGAAUCAGUUUUUAAGUCUACUGAGUUUCCUUCCGCUGAUUCUGCUCAAAUAGAACCAACUCCAGAAUUAAUGGCUUCAAUAAUGCAUCUGAUUGAAAAUAAAAUAGAUCCCCUACUGGAAACCAAUGUUCACUUUAACACAUUGUUUACUGGUGAAAAAGGUGGAUCUGGUGAUGAUUCUUUACAACUAAGUCCAUUGGCUGAUGGUUAUUAUCAAGAUGUUAUAAUACCUUUACAAGAACCAAAAACAGCAAAAUAUGAAAUGUUAACAAGAGAUAACAGAAUAAUUACUGCCAGAUUAAAAAAAUUAGGAGGGGGGGAUUUAAAGGAUGAUUUAUUCAAGAGUCUAAACUGGGAUGAAUAUAACAUGGACAAACUAAAUAAGUCCCUUGCCAAAACUGAAGGCGAAGAUUCCUUCUAUACUUCAAAUAACAUUGGGGCUGAACCCAUCACCAUUCUCGAUGCAAUCGAUAUAAACGAAAGCACAACUUUGAAGCAAGAUUUGCAAAAUGGAAUUCAGUAUUUUAUCGAAACAACCACCCCAAAAUACUACUCCAGAAUACAGCUCAGAGGAAGUGAACCACCUCAAUUUUUUCCUGGAUAUAUCUACGCCACAUCAGAUAUACCAGAAUCAGUAAAGUUGGCCAGGUCUCCAAGUGAAGUUUUUGAAAAGGCAUGGAUGGCGACUCAUCCAAAAUACUUCAGGGAAUGCUCCCUAAUAUCAUUGUAAAUAAAUUAAAGGUAAAUAAAAACCAUGUCUAAC